UGUAGUUGGUUAUCACGUCAGUCUAACACACUGAAGGUCUCCAGUUCGAGCCUGGACGAAGCCAAUUCUUUUUCCUCUAAUUUUGAAAUAAUUUUAUACAAAAAAAAAAUUAUCGCCGUUGCCGGAGAUCGAACCCGGGUCACCCGAGUGACAGGCGGGAAUACUUACCACUAUACUACAACGACUCUUGUUGAAAAGCUUUGCGAACCGACAUUAACUAUAUGUUAUAGUAUCUUUAGUACUUGGUUAGUUUCGGACUCGGGGUUUUGUGAAAAACUAAAAACUUAUUCCCUUUGCGCCGUUCUCUCUCUCUCUCGCUCUGCUCUCAAAGUUUCAGAGUUAAAAAAAAAGGAUGAAGCUUGACGUGAAUGUUUUGAGAUAUCUUUCCAAAGAUGAUUUUAGAGUUCUCACUGCUGUGGAGAUGGGAAUGCGAAACCAUGAGAUUGUUCCUUCUGAGCUCGUUGAUCGCAUUGCUGGUCUAAAACAUGGAGGCACAUACAAAGUCCUGAAGAACUUGCUCAAGUAUAAGCUUUUGCAUCACGACCGCUCUAAAUAUGAUGGAUUCAGACUCACUUAUCUGGGAUACGACUUUCUUGCCAUUAAAACAUUGGUCAACCGUGGUGUCUUUACCGGUGUUGGUCGUCAGAUUGGGGUUGGUAAAGAGUCUGACAUAUUUGAGGUGGCUCAGGAAGAUGGAACUAUUCUGGCAAUGAAGUUGCACAGACUAGGGAGAACCUCCUUCAGGGCUGUCAAAUCUAAGCGUGACUACUUGAGGCAUCGCAGUAGUUUCAGCUGGUUGUAUCUCUCCCGCCUUGCCGCUCUCAAGGAGUUUGCUUUCAUGAAGGCUUUGGAAGAACAUGACUUUCCGGUUCCAAAAGCUAUCGACUGCAAUAGGCACUGUGUUAUCAUGUCCCUUGUGCAGGGUUACCCCAUGGUUCAGGUGAAGCAGUUACAGAACCCUGAGACAAUUUUCGAGAAGAUUAUUGGCAUUGUUGUUCGUUUGGCUGAGCAUGGUCUAAUUCAUUGUGAUUUCAAUGAAUUCAACAUCAUGAUUGAUGAUGAAGAGAAGAUAACGAUGAUUGACUUUCCUCAAAUGGUAUCUGUUUCACACCAAAAUGCACAAAUGUACUUUGACCGUGAUAUCGAAUGCAUCUUCAAAUUUUUUAGAAAAAGGUUUAAUAUGUCUUUCCAAGAAGAUAGGGAUGAGUCAGAGGUGGAAGUGGAUGAGAACAGCAGACCAUCUUUCUAUGAUAUAACUAAAGAUGCCAAUGCUUUGGAUAGAGAACUAGAAGCUAGUGGUUUCACUAAAAAGGAGCAGAAUGACCUCGAUAAAUUUAUUGAAGGUGGGUUGGAGAAGAGUACAGAUUCAGACGACGAGGAUGAGGAAUCUGAUGAUGAAGAGCAGGCGUUUGAGUCAAAUGAAGAAGGAAACCUAAGUGAAAUGAGAUCACUGCAGUUGCAAGAGGAGGAACAGAAUAGAUCAGAUGAAGUUGAGGCAGAAGUUGAAUUGGAUGAUAGUGAGAAAGGCCAAAGCAGUGGAGAUGAAGAAAAUGAAGCUGGAAGAGAUGAGGAGCUGGACAAAAAACUAGGCAAGCAAAGACGCAGAGCCAUGGCAGCAGCCAGGGGAGGUAGAAAGUCACAGUCUUCAAGAAACACAUACAAGGACAAGGGAGGCCGUUCCCAAACCUCCAAGAUCCACAGCAACAUGAGUGGCUGGUGAAGUGGUGAUAAAACUUUUCACAGCAAUUUUGAUACCACAAAACAAAACUUUGCAAGACGUUAAUGGGCCUUUCAAUGUUGUAAACGGGCCUAUUUUUUAAUCUCAUGUUGACUUUUUUUUUUCCGAUAGACAAGAAUCUAAAACUUACAUGAAAAUUCAGUUUCUAUAUAUAAAUUCAGAGAAAAUAUCUCAAA